AACUCUCCCGGUCACGUGACUCGGUGUCUUCGCUAACAACAUGGCUGCCGAGGAUCUGCCGUCUGAAUUUGACGUCGUCAUUCUUGGCACAGGUCUUGCUGAGUCCGUGGUGGCAGCAGCCUGUUCCAGAGUCGGACAGAGAGUUCUACACUUGGACAGGAGGAGCUACUACGCUGCUAACUGGGCCAGCUUCACCUUCAACGGCCUGCUCAGCUGGAUCCAGCAGCACCAGGAGGAGUCUCUGCCAGAGGAGGUCCAGGAUUGGUCGGGUCUGUUGGAGGAAGGGGAGGAGCUGAUCUACCUGUCCAACUCAGACCCCGCCUCCAUCAGGAACCUGCAGGUGUUCUGCUACACCAGUGAAGAAGACGAGGAGGAGGAAGCAGUGAGUCCAGGUCCUUCAGAAACCACAGAAGAAGAAGCUGUGAAGGAGACGUCAGAAACAGAAUCUGCAGACUCUAAAGAUGAAGAAGGGAACCACCAGGUGAGGAGGAACUUCAACACACCUGCUGCUCAUCACCUCCCAGCCAUCAACACUCACUUCAUGUCUGUCCAAUCACAGGCUGUCCACACACAGGGGGAGGAGCCAGAGGCAGAUCAGCCAUGCCCUUCUGCUGCUCCCAGCCAAUCACAGCCAACCAGGAAGAAGAUCAGCUACGCUCAGCUGGUGAAGGAAGGACGCAGGUUCAACAUUGACCUGGUCUCCAAGCUCAUGUAUUCUCGUGGCUCAUUGGUCGAUCUGCUCAUCAAAUCAAACGUCAGUCGCUAUGCAGAGUUCAAGAACGUCACCAGGAUACUCACCUAUCGCCACGGCAAUGUGGAGCAGGUGCCCUGCAGCAGAGCUGAUGUGUUUGCCAGUCGGCAGCUGUCUGUGGUUGAAAAGAGGAAGUUGAUGCGUUUCCUGACAUCGUGUGUGGAGGAGAUGGAGGAGCAUCAAGCCUACAGCGGUCGACCAUACUUAGAGUUCCUGCGCAACCAGCAGCUGGGCGACAACCUGCAGCACUUACUGCUUCACUCUAUUGCCAUGGUAACAGAGGACACGCCCACAGAGGAGGGGCUUGCCUCCACGCGUCACUUCCUGCGCUGCUUGGGUCGCUACGGCAACACGCCAUUCCUGUUUCCCGUCUAUGGACUCGGAGAGAUUCCUCAAUGUUUCUGUAGGAUGUGUGCUGUGUUUGGAGGAAUCUACUGUCUGCGACACUCACUGCUCUGCCUGCUGCUGGACAUGUCCUCCAACAGAUGUAAGGCGGUGAUUGACAGCCGGGGACAUCGAAUCAGCUGCAGCCAUGUUGUGCUGGAGGACGGCUAUGUGCUGGCGAACAGGAAGAGGCUGGCCACGCCCCCCAGGUUUGUUAGCAGAGCUGUCCUGAUAACCGACUCCUCUGUCCUGCCCAGCGACUCAGAGCAACAGGUCUCCGUGGUAACCGUCCCUCCAAUAGCAGCGGGAUGUCCGGUGGUCCGGAUGGUGGAGCUGAGUCCGUCCACGAUGACCUGUGUCCCCGGAACACAUCUGGUCCAUCUCACCUGUCAAUCAGUUGGCUCCGCCUAUGAGGACCUGUCGCCUGUGGUAACCAGGAUGUUCCACACUCCAGAGUCACCUGACCGAGGAAGCCGUCCGUCUGUCCUCUGGUGUCUCUACUUCAACAUGGCCGACGGCUGGGGGGUGGAGCCUGAAGGUCAUGACCUCCCGUCUAACGUGUUCCUGUGUUCCGGUCCGGACGCCGCUUUGGGUCAUGAUCACGCCGUCAGACAGGCCGAGUCCAUCUUCCAGAAGAUUCUCCCAGAGGAGGACUUCUGUCCUCCAGCUCCAAACCCUGAAGACAUCAUCUACGACGGAGACAACAGCUCCUCCUCCACAGCAGGAGGACUGGAGGAACCCGAGGAGGAACGUCAGGAGGAACCUGAGGAGGAACAUCAGGAGGAGAAGCAGUUGUUGGAGGAGGCAAGUUCUCCGGCUGAGGAGUGACCUGCAGGUGUAGAGGAACAGACAGAAGUUCUAGUGGGUUCUAGUUGCUUUCGGUUCUUUUUUUUUCUAUUUUCUGGUCCUUUUAUUUAAAUCUUGUGACUCAUUAAAGCUUCAACAUGAACAAAC